CCACCACCCACCACCGUCUCCCCGUUCCUCUCUAUCUCACACACAGACACACCGAGUAGAGGCGGCAGUUGCCAGCCAGCACUAGCAGAGCGCAACCCGUGGGCGGCAGCGGCACGCAAUGGUGUCGGAGAGGCAGCAGGCGGCGGGGAAGGUGGCCGCCUUCAACCUCACGGAGGCCGGGUUCGGCGACGGGUCGGACCUGCUGGACGACGACGGGCGCGAGAGGCGCACGGGGACCCUGGUGACGGCGAGCGCGCACAUCAUCACGGCGGUGAUCGGGUCGGGCGUGCUGUCGCUGGCGUGGGCGAUCGCGCAGCUGGGGUGGGUGAUCGGCCCCGUGGUGCUGCUGGCCUUCUCCGCCAUCACCUGGUUCUGCUCCAGCCUACUCGCCGACUGCUACCGCGCGCCGCCGGGCCCCGGCCAGGGCAAGCGGAACUACACCUACGGACAGGCCGUCAGGUCAUACCUGGGGGAGUCCAAGUACCGGCUGUGCUCGCUGGCGCAGUACGUGAACCUGGUGGGCGUCACCAUCGGCUACACCAUCACCACGGCCAUCAGCAUGGGGGCGAUCAAGCGUUCCAACUGCUUCCACAGCAGGGGCCACGGCGCCGACUGCGAGGCGUCCAACACCACCAACAUGAUCAUCUUCGCGGGCAUCCAGAUCCUGCUGUCGCAGCUCCCCAACUUCCACAAGCUCUGGUGGCUCUCCAUCGUCGCCGCCGUCAUGUCCCUCGCCUACUCCUCCAUCGGACUCGGCCUCUCCAUCGCAAAGAUCGCAGGUGGGGUGCACGUUAAGACGUCGCUGACUGGUGCCGCCGUGGGGGUGGACGUCACCGCGGCCGAGAAGGUCUGGAAGACGUUCCAGUCGCUGGGGGACAUCGCCUUCGCCUACACCUACUCCAACGUGCUGAUCGAGAUCCAGGACACGCUGCGGUCGAGCCCGCCGGAGAACGUGGUGAUGAAGAAGGCGUCCUUCAUCGGCGUGUCCACCACCACCGCGUUCUACAUGCUGUGCGGCGUGCUGGGCUACGCGGCGUUCGGCAGCGACGCGCCGGGCAACUUCCUCACGGGCUUCGGCUUCUACGACCCCUUCUGGCUCAUCGACGUCGGCAACGUCUGCAUCGCCGUGCACCUGGUCGGCGCCUACCAGGUCUUCUGCCAGCCCAUCUACCAGUUCGUGGAGGCCUGGGCGCGGGGCCGCUGGCCCGACUGCGCCUUCCUCCACGCCGAGCUCGCCGUCGUCGCCGGCUCCUCCUUCACGGCCAGCCCGUUCCGCCUCGUGUGGCGCACCGCCUACGUCGUGCUCACCGCGCUCGUCGCCACGGUCUUCCCAUUCUUCAACGACUUCCUGGGGCUCAUCGGCGCCGUCUCCUUCUGGCCGCUCACCGUCUACUUCCCCAUCCAGAUGUACAUGGCGCAGGCCAAGACGCGCCGCUUCUCGCCGGCGUGGACGUGGAUGAACGUGCUCAGCUACGCUUGCCUCUUCGUCUCGCUGCUCGCCGCCGCGGGCUCAGUGCAGGGGCUCGUCAAGGAUCUCAAGGGAUACAAGCCAUUGUUCAAGGUCUCCUAAAUAAGGGACUGCUGCAUGGCAUGUGUGCGAUGAUCGAUUGGAACACUGUUAGUUAUACAUUAGCUAGCUGCAGGAAUGAUGGAACGAAUUAACCAUGAGUCUGAAACGUGCAUUCACUGCAUAUAUAUAUAGCGAUACAGCCAUGGAAGGAUCGGAGGAUAUAUGGUGUGCUGUGAAAAGCCAAUGUUUUGUUCAAGUACGUACGUAGCCUACUAAGUCAGUAGUGAUAUGGUUAAUGGUUUGGGUUUGAACUUUAAAAUGUAUAUGUAACUCCAUCGAUCUUAAUUACGUACUUUAGC